AAGAAAACUAAGGCAUUCAGUCUUAAACAGACACUUGGUGAUCACCAAAGCUGAGCCGGUGUAGUAUCUUUGCUGUCUGAAUACAAUUCUUUAAUAAAUAUUAACUUCAUCUUGACUGCCUCCUUCAUCUAUUUAACAUCAAAACCACGACAGCAUAAAUAUGAGUGCCUCCAAACUCCAGAUGAGAAAUUUGAAAAAUGGAUGUAAGGCGUGAUUUGUCCUUAUAAUAAGGUCUUCUGCAUAGAGAGAUACACUAACAGUUGUACUGUUACUGGUGACAUCAGCACUCCUGCAAGUCCCAAACAAGACAAGAACAAUGAGUUCAUCUAAACUACAGAAAAGCAGUGAGGUGAGAAUCGGACAUGAUCUGAAUGAACUUGAGAAAGAGUUUGUAACCAAAAGAAAACAAACUGUUCAACAAUGUCUGGAGAGGAAUAACAUAAACUGCCCUCUGGAUGAUUUGCCAAAAAUUGCACUACUGGGUUCUGGAGGAGGAGAACGAGCCAUGCUGAGUUUACUGGGAUCUCUGGUUGAACUUAAAAAAACAGAUCUACUGGAUUGCAUUCUUUAUCUGAGUGGAAUCUCUGGAUCAACCUGGUGCAUGACAUCUUUAUAUCAGGACUCUGACUGGUCCACUAAUCUCGAUUCAGUAAAAGAGAAGAUCAUUCAGAGACUCAAAGGUCCUGGUGUGAGCUGGAGUGAUGCCAUUUCCAAACUGAAGAAAUAUUAUCAUGAGAAAGACAUCUUCAGUUUAACAGAUUUUUGGGCAACGAUGAUCGUCACUUCAUUUGUGAAAGAGAUAAAUGAACACAAAAUUUCAGAGCAGCAAGGACAUGAUAAAGACCCAUUUCCUAUCUAUACAGUGAUUGACAAGGAAUGCAGAAAGACCCGUGAUGAUCCUUGGUUUGAGAUCAAUCCAUAUGAAGCAGGUUAUUCCCUCACUGGAGCGUUUGUGGACGUCUCCAAAUUUGGCAGUCAGUUUAAGAACGGCCGUUUGAUUAAGAAUCAGCCGGAAAUGGACAUGCUUUACCUGCAAGCUGAUUGUGGCAGUUGUAUUGCUGAUGAAAUAAUCAACAGGCAAUAUGUUUUGGAAAAGAUUAAAGAGUUCAUUCAUCAUAUUUUUGAUAGAAAAGAAGAGAUUUUUGAGGAAAUGCCGAAUGAAGCAAACGUGUCUCUAGAAUUAGUCCACCAACUGUUCAUGGAUCUUGUGGAGAUGAAUCUCUCAGCGUUGAAAGGCGAAGAUCCUUCAGCUCAUGAAAAAGCCAUCAGAGCAAAGUUAACAAUACUUGAUGGAGGUGAAUGUAAGCUGGAGUUUCAAAUGGAAAAGACAGACAUUGAACUGUACACGAAGGACUUCACUUUGGCUGUUUGCGAGCAUUUGAAGCUCAGGUUCAGUUUCUGGCCGUGGAAUUUGAUUUCUUGCAUUAUAAUGUGUUUUCUUUUGUGGAUCUGGGGCAGAGAGUACAACUUUCUGUACAAAAAGAAAGAUCAUGCAGUGCCCACCGUUCUUCAGGACAGUGAGACAAGAGACUAUGAAGACGGCGGUUUGUGCCUCAACUCACCUUACAUGUCAGUACUGAGACAGGAGAGAGACAUUGACAUCAUCAUUUCCCUGGAUUUCAGUGAAGGAGAUCCUUUUGAGACAGUGAUAAGAGCUGCUCAAAGAUGCAUGGAACAAAACAUCUGUUUCCCUAAAGUUCAUAUACCGUCUGUGAAGUACCCAAAGGACUUUUAUGUGUUUGAAGGCAAUGAAAAAGCACCGACCGUGAUCCACAUCCCUCUCUUCAACACGGUCAACUGUGGAGAUAAAAUUGAGGAGGACAAACAUAAAUUUCGCACAUUUCAAGGUCCUUACAGUGCUAAUAAGAUUGAUGAUCUUCUGAAACUCGCUGGGAAAAACAUCACAAACAACAAAGAGAAACUGCUGGAUGUGAUUAAAAAGCACAUUGGGCAAAAAUCAGCUGAGCGUUAACAUGACUACAUUUAAUACUGUGACUGUACACCCGAAUACAUGAAUAGUGACAGUCUGAAUAUAUAAUCAUAAUUUUAUAAUCAUUUCUGCCUUUAUCGCCACACAACAUAACAUGAAUCAAUGUAUUUACUUUUCAGCAUUAUGUGAUUUUAUUUUCCACUAUAAGAUGUGAACAUUGAGAGAUGUCAAAGGUGUUUUAGGUUUGUUAAUGGGUUUGCUCUAGUUUAGAAAAAUGUUUGGGAAUUAAAAAAUGUGUUGGUUUGCUUCUAUUGAAAUCAAAUAAAAAUGUUUAACUAAAA